GUUCUGAAUUCAACCAUAGAAAUGAAGUUGCUUCUUGCAAGAAGUUUCUGAGUUUUUGUAUCCUCUAUAUAUAGUUCUCUGGCAAUUAAGGUCUCAGCUAAAUACGCACAAAUGGGUAGCCAGAGUUGCUUCAAGGCUUUGAUUAUUUGCCUUAUAGCAUUAAUUGGAUCAACUCAAGCUCAAUUGCAGCUUGGUUUCUAUGCCAAAAGUUGUCCAAAGGCCGAGAAAAUAAUUUUGAAGUAUGUUGUAGAGCAUAUCCGCAAUGCUCCAUCACUAGCAGCUGCUCUCAUAAGAAUGCACUUCCAUGAUUGUUUUGUCAAUGGUUGUGAUGGAUCAGUGCUUGUGGACUCAACACCAGGCAAUCAAGCUGAAAAGGACUCUAUUCCAAAUCUUACACUCCGAGGCUUUGGUUUCAUUGACGCAAUAAAGAGGCUUGUUGAAGCUGAAUGCCCUGGGGUAGUCUCUUGUGCUGAUAUCUUGGCCUUGACCGCCAGAGACUCUAUUCAUGCCACUGGUGGACCCUAUUGGAAUGUUCCAACAGGACGAAGGGAUGGGCUCAUCUCUAGAGCAGCAGAUCCGUUACGCAGCCUGCCUGCUCCAUUUCACAACCUCACUACCCAACUAACACUCUUUGGCAAUGUUGGACUUGAUGCAAACGACCUUGUCUUGCUUGUUGGUGCUCACACAAUUGGUGUUGCCCAUUGUUCAUCAAUUGCAACUCGUCUAUACAAUUUCACUGGCAAGGGUGACACAGAUCCAACACUAGACAGUGAAUAUGCAAAAAAUAUCAAAACUUUUAAGUGUAAGAACAUUAAUGAUAAUACAAUUAUUGAGAUGGACCCUGGAAGUCGCGAUACAUUUGAUCUUGGAUUUUAUAAACAAGUUGUUAAGAGAAGGGGCUUGUUUCAGUCAGAUGCUGAAUUUCUUACUAGCCCUAUCACAAGGUCUAUUAUCGAUAGACAACUUCAAUCAACUCAAGGAUUCUUUGAGGAAUUUGCCAAGUCUAUCGAGAAAAUGGGACGAAUUAAUGUCAAGCUUGGAACUGAAGGGGAGAUAAGGAAACAUUGUGCACGAGUUAAUAACUAAGGAUCUCGUUAAUAAUGACCAUCUAGGUGCAUUUAUGUCUACUUUUCAGUAUAAUUUACUCUUGGUCUCAUUAUUUAUUCUAUGUUAUGUCUAUGGUGUCUUGAUAUAUGAGAUAUCAUAUGAUUUGGUUGUUUUUCCAAGUGAUGUGGGAAGGGUUGGGGAGUGAUUAUUAGGUUUGAAUGGAAAUCAUCCUCGAGUGGUAAUAAGAUGUAGAAUUGAGUGAGAAGAUUUAUUGUAAUACACAAUUGCACAAUAAAAAAGUCUCCCUUGCUAUGUUGAAAAUAUGUUAUAA